CCAGUUAUGGUGUCAUCGGCCGAUCCACAAAAUAUUCUUCAGAAACUGCAAAAGUACAAACGGCUAAAUGGCACAAAUUUGUUGAAACCUUUACGCAAUCGGACGCCAAUUACAGCGUCCAAGCAUGACACCCUCAACCACAACAAAGCUUCAAUAUCUAAGCUUGACACUACACUACAACAACAAAACAGCGAGGUGGAUAUCACAACCACUACAACAAAUAUAGCCAACUUGGCUGAUCAACAGCAGAAUAUUACAAAUAAUUUUUUUGAUUUGUUAUUGAAUCCCGAGUAUGUGGAACAAUUCACCGAAAUGAAUAACGAUCUCUUGCAUGCUUCGAAUGAAUCGUCGUCGAUCGUUGAUAUUAACAUGUCGUUGUCCUCACUGGGCACAAGUAAUAAUGCUGCUCCUGCUGCCCUUUCGCCCAUUUAUGCGAAAAAUGAAACACUUUUACGUUUAAGCUCGCCGAGCAGUUUAGUGGUCGAUACUUUGUUGGGUUCUGUGAUGACAACCGCCACUGCAACGGUAACCGGUUCAACAACUGCAAUCAAAUCGGAAGGGCUGCUUCUUAGCCACAUUCAACCGAAUUCGUACAGUAGUGGAACUUUAACGAGCUUGUAUGCUAAUUUAUUAGCAGAUAUUUCACCAUCAUCGACUAUUACAACAGCAGCGGACACGAUUUCCCCACCAACCGCAGCGAUGAUGCCUAACUCCGAGAAUACCAGCGUUUAUUGGGAGCUUGGCGCGGCUGACUUCGAUGUACUCUAUCGGCACUCGCUGCUAAUGACGAUUGUCUAUUGCAUCGCAUACGUCAUUGUGUUUCUGGUCGGUUUGGUUGGGAAUAGUUUUGUGAUUGCCGUCGUAUUGAGGGCGCCACGAAUGCGUACUGUCACCAAUUAUUUUAUAGUCAAUCUUGCUAUUGCCGAUAUAUUGGUUAUCGUCUUUUGUUUGCCCGCAACUUUGAUGAGCAACAUUUUUGUGCCCUGGAUGUUGGGAUGGCUGAUGUGUAAGACCGUCCCAUAUAUACAAGGCGUAUCCGUGGCUGCAUCUGUCUAUAGUCUAAUUGCUGUAUCGUUAGAUAGAUUCAUAGCGAUUUGGUGGCCACUUAAACAGAUGACAAAAAGUCGCGCACGUUUUAUGAUUUUAUGCAUUUGGCUUAUUGCCUUGGGCUCAACAAUACCGUGGGUGCUUUUCUUCGAACUCGUGCCGGCUGCUGAGUCCUUCCCAGCGGCACCAAAUCUUUAUCUAUGCCAAGAGGUGUGGCCACCUGGCACGAAUGGCAAUUUAUAUUUUCUUCUAGCCCAUCUAGUGGCUUGCUAUCUACUGCCCAUGUCAUUGAUUACGCUGUGUUACGUGUUGAUCUGGAUUAAAGUGUCAACACGCUCAAUCCCCGGCGAUUCGAAGGAUGCACAAAUGGAUCGUAUGCAACAGAAGUCGAAGGUGAAGGUUAUCAAAAUGUUGGUAGCGGUGGUUAUACUAUUUAUAUUGUCAUGGCUGCCGCUUUAUGUGAUCUUUGCAAGAAUUAAAUUCGGUGGAGAAAUUUCGGUGGAAGAAAGUGAGAUACUGAAUAAAGUAACUCCCUUCGCUCAGUGGCUGGGUUCAUCCAAUUCUUGCAUCAACCCAAUUUUAUACGCCUUUUUCAACAAGAAGUACCGACGCGGUUUUGCCGCUAUUAUGCAAUCCAGGUCAUGCUGUGGUCGUUUAAGAUAUUAUGAUAAUGUUGCGAUUGCCUCUUCUACAACCAGCACCCGUAAGUCCUCGCACUAUCAUCACAACAGCUCACGCAAGAGCCCUAGCAGUCCCGGUUUGCGCAAAACGAAUGCUCUUUCCUAUAUCUAUGAGCAUCAGUCCCUUCGACGUCAUCAUCAAAAUUCCAUGUUGAAACAGGAUAGUAAUUUGUCACAGCAGAUGCUCUUGAAGCAGGACUCACAUGGCUCUCGACAAUUUUUGAUCAAGCAAGAGAGCGCCUCAAGUGAUGGAUCGCGUCGAAUGCUUUGUCAACAGGAUAGCAACGGCUCGAAAGUUUCGCUAACCAAACAGGAUUCGAUUGUAUCGUACAUGGAUGCAAGGCGUAUAGGGCAGUUGGAUAAAUCUCAGGACGCGUACUCCACACAGGAUACAAUCUCUAUUGAUUCGCGACGAGGCACAAGUUUUAAACUGGACACACCACACAACUACGGUUCGCCCAGUACAAGUGGCGCCAUGUUGGAAUAUAAAAGACAAAAGUUUGUUAAACAAGAUUCGGUGAUUUCUUUUGUUGAUCAAAGACCUGAACCCAAACGUCACCAGUUGGUAAAGCAGGAUUCUGUUAUAUCUUUCGCCGAUCAACGCAGAGGUAUGCUCAACAAGCAAGACUCCAUAAUUGCAUGCCAUAAUCGCACAGGCGACGGCACCGGCCAUCAUGUCUCAAUACUAAAGAAAACUGAAAGUUCGCUUGGCAAUGCACUCACAUCGCCCAGACGUAAUAUAGAAAUAUUUGAGUAAUUGAAUUUAGACGCAUAAUACCAAUUAACAAUAAUUAACAAACAACAACAACAAAUUUUAAAUACCUACAUACUUAUAGUAAAUGAAAAGAGAAAAUACGAAAUAAUCAAUUAAACAAAAGUAGCCAUUUCAUAAAUGAUUAUUCAUACAAAUUUCUAUACAUUAUAUCUACAAAAAAAAAGAAAACAGAUUUAUACUAAUUACACUUGACAAUGGAGCUCAUACCUACAUGCUUGCGUAUGCAUAUGCAUAUACAUAUGUAAGUAUGUAGAUGUGCACAUAGGUGUAAUGAAACCACGCUAUUGAUUGUGGUAUCUAACAUAUCUUAUAGGUAGUUUGACAGAUCGAAGAGCAAAAGUGAAGCAGCAAAUGCCAGUAAUCAGGACGCACAUUUGAUAUACGUACUUAUGUAAGGACGUAUGUUGUUAGUAAGGAUAAGGGAUAGUAACUGCACAUAGCAUGCCUAUUGUACGCAAAUACACAUACACAUACACAUACAUAUGUAUGUAGUGUAUGUACACAGGUUUGUAAAUGUGUAUGUACGUAAGUCUAGCUUAGUUAUGGGUGCGUAUAAACUUAAGUACUGUUUUUAAUUCUCGGGGCGGGCAUCACACCAACCACGGUAAGUAAUGAUGGGUGAUAUGAAUUUUGUACGAGUUUCAUAUGAUAGUUUCGGAUAUAUGUACAUACAUAUGUAUAACUAUGCAAAUUUAAUGUUUUAAAUGAUUGUUAUGAUAUUUGCUAUACUGUAGAUGCAGACUUACUGAAACGAAAUGUUUGAUAAUGAAAGUGAUGCAAAAUUAAAAUUUGUAUUUUUAUGAGUAUUUUAGUAAAGAAUAUUGACGGAAUUUCAAAUCAAAAAUAUACAUACAUGCAUAUAAAUAAAUAGUAUGUGUAACAGGAGGCAGGAGGCAGGACAAAAUCGAAGAAGAAUAAAUAGGCAAUGUUAACUCAACACACACACACACAAGCACAAACAAACAUACAUACUAGUAUAUCAGAGUUCAGAAAUCACGCUGAAUAGAAAAAUGAUUAAAACUGUCCAAUAUGCAUACAUACAUACACACACAUAUGUAUGAUUAUAUGUAUGUUUGAAUCACACCGAGGUCUAAAUGCAAUGUACCUACUAACCGAAAAUUUGUAUUAAGAACGUUCUUAAGAUUUAUAUAUUUAUAUUGAUGAUUGAUUUGGAAGAAAGCAAUAAUUCUGUCUAACAAUUUCAUAGUUAACUGCUUACAUACACACAUACCCACAUGAAUAGAAACAUUGGAGGAAAUCAUUAUUAAUAAUGCCUAUUUACAUACAUACAUACAUUUUUACAUUAAUAGUAGUUGUUUUACAUUGCAUUAUAUUUCAUGUUACACCUCUUGUUAUUACUUUUACAUUUAUAAAUUGUUACAAGUAUCGUUAAACAGAUCAAUAUUG